GAAGUCUCCCCGCAGCCACUGAGGAGCCACCUUGUUGCGGCCCGCGCCGCCGCCGCUGCUGCCGGGCAAUCUGGUGGCCGAGCGGAGGCGUUUGAGGGGCAGCGCUGAGCCCGGCCCAGCCCCCACCGCCGCCGCGCUCGCCCUAUCCCGGGCGCCGCCCCUGCCCGUGCCCGCCGCGCGGGCCAUGCGGCUGGGAGCCCGAGGCGGCCGGAGGCAGACCGGACGCGCUCUCAGCCCAGCCGGGCGCGGCGCACGUGGGUGCUGAGGGGCGGCGAGGCCGGGCCGGGAAGAUGCUGUUGUCCCUGGUGCUGCACACCUACUCCAUGCGUUACGUCCUGCCCGCCGCCGUGAUGAUGGGCACCGCGCCCACCUACGUGCUGGCCUGGGGCGCCUGGCGCUUGCUCUCCGCCCUGCUGCCCGCCCGCUUCUACCGGGAGCUGGAUGACCGGUUCUACACCAUCUACCAGAGCAUGGUGCUCUUCUUCUUCGAGCGCUACACCGGCGUGCAGAUUAUAAUCUAUGGAGAUUUGCCAAAAAAUAAAGAAAAUGUAGUAUAUUUAUCAAAUCAUCAGUGUACAGUUGACUGGAUUGUUGCAGACAUGUUGGCAAUCAGACAGAAUGCUCUUGGACAUGUCCGAUACGUUUUGAAAGAUGGGUUAAAAUGGCUUCCCUUGUAUGGGUGGUAUUUUUCUCAGCAUGGAGGAAUCUAUGUAAAACGAAGUGCCAGAUUUAAUGAAAAAGAAAUGAGAAACAAGCUGUGGGCCCAGGUGAAAGCUGAGACUCCAAUGUAUCUUGUGAUUUUUCCAGAGGGAACUCGUUACAAUCCAGAGAUGCCAAAAGUCAUUGCAGAUAGUCAGUUAUUUGCUGAUAAAGAAGGGCUUGCAGUAUUAAAACAUGUGCUGACACCACGUGUAAAGGCAACUCAUGUUGCCAUUGACUCAAUGAAGAAUUACUUAGAUGCAGUUUAUGAUGUUACAGUAGCAUAUGAAGGUACUGUGGACCACAAAGGGCAAAGAAAAGUGGCACCGUCCAUGACUGAGUUUCUGUGUAAGGAAUGCCCAAAAGUUCAUAUUUACCUUGAUCGGAUCGAACUGAAAGAUAUUCCAGAAGAACAGAUGUAUAUGAGAAGAUGGCUUCAUGAACGCUUUGAAAUAAAGGAUAAGUUACUAAUAGAGUUUUAUGAUGCAAAGGAUUCUAAAAGAAGAAACAAGUUCCCAGGGAAAUGUGUUCAUUCCAAACUAAGUCUCAAGAAAACUUUACCAUCCUUGCUGUUUCUAGGUGGCCUGACUGCUAGUAUGCUUCUGACAGAAUCUGGAAGGAAACUUUAUGUAAAAACAUGGAUAUAUGGGACUUUAAUUGGCUACCUUUGGGUUAGUGUUAAAGCAUAAAUAGAUGCUAGUCUCCAAUGAGAGAAAUGUGCUCUCUUGUCUUGCACAUUGCACCAAACUUUUUCCUGAAUUUAUAAAGAAAUGUAAAUAAAGCCUUAUUGAUUGAACAUUGGAUAAAUUGGAAUUUCUGACUUACACCUCUGUGUGGUUGGUCUGGGGAAAAUAUACUUAGUUUUACAAAUUUGCUACUGAUUUUGCUGUAAAAAUGACAGAUAAACUGAGUUUUAUUACACAUUGCUUUCCCCAUGAAUGAACAUCCAUCUGUAUCUGCUGAAGAUUAGUAGAAGUAUGUCUUUAUAGAUACAUAACUUAAGUGGACCAGUGAAUGUAUUUACUAACAUUAAUUUAGGGGAUAUAUAUAUUCUUCUACUACUAUUAUUCAUGUUUAGUUUUUGUUACUUUUCAAUUCAUUGCAGCAACUCAGUUAUAUCUAUCCUAGCUGCAUUACAGCUAACAGCAAAGCUAAUGUUCUUCAGUAUCUUGCUUUUCAGUUUUAUAUAAAUAUGUUCCUCAGAAGCUGAUCAAGUAAAUUCAUAAAUCAUGAAAUGUUAUGCAAGGCAGAGAAAAAGUUCCUAAGAACAGUUGUUCAUCGGGAAGAAGUUUUGUUUAUCUAGUGCAUGGUCUUUUGAUUGCAUUAUUACCUGAUUUAAUUAUUUUACAUAUGCAAAACAUUUAAUUAUAAUUAAUAUUAUUGAACCAACAGCUUAUUUUGUGCACCCUAUGUUUGUGCAGAAGAAAAUAUGUGCAGUAUAAUGAAAUGUUAAGUUUAAUUGUGGCCUAACCAGAUUGUAGCCUACCUUAUGUCUAAAUCGGCAAUAGUUUGUUGAAGAUUCAGCUCAGCUAAUAGAACUGUAGAGUGUAUGUGCCAUAAACAGUAUGAACAUUCAGAAGUUUCCUGUUACCUCAUCAUUAUCUCGAAGCAAAUUGAUGUAAUCUGUAUAAUACAUAGUAAUAUUAUUAUUUCAGCAGAAGUGUAGAUUAUGGUAACAAGGAACUUUCAGAUGUUCCUACUAAACUUAAAGCAUGUGCCUUUGUCUGCUAAUCUAUGAUUUAGCCUGAUAUUCAUUGUCAAAAAAUCAUUUAGUGUUAUAUUACAUUAGACUUUCACUGCGUCCUAGUUGAUGUACACGUCAGAUGAAUUGAAGAUUUUGGUGUUGAUACAUAUGGUUUGCACAGUAGAAUAAUUGUUAAAGAAAUGCAUAUCUGACUAGUAUGUCACCUGCUUGCAAAUAUAUAUUUUAAAAACCCUUGUUGUCAGCAGGCCUGUGGUUCCCGUGGCUAUUGUGCCUGAGUGUUACGUGGGGAAAUUCCAUUUCCUCUUUUCCAGGGAAUAGGCUAUCUGCACUAGGGUCCAGCUAGAGAAGAGGAUCCUGUAUUAUCUUCUUCCACUAGGAAAUCAGACUCCCAGCAUCAAAACACAAGACCUAGAGUACGCUUUUAUCUCACUUCUCCAAGCUUUAAAUGUGCAUCUCUUAUUAGCUUUAAUGGCAUUUACAUUGCAUAAACUCCUUAUGCAUUAAAAUAAUAACAUACAUCUUGAAAUUAUCAUUGUUCUCAAAUUCCAUCAUAGUCAGAAUAAUUGAACCAAGUGCUUGCUUUUAAUACAUAUUUUUUUAAAAAAUUUAUAGAAGAAUAUUUACAAGUCCACCUUAAAAAUGAUGCAGUACAAUUGUCAGUUUGCAAUUCUGUAUCCUUCCAUAAUGGAUUUUGUCACUGGACAUAUUUAUAUCAUUCAUUUAUGCAGGAGGUGUUGAUGAACCAUCUUAAAACAAUGACAGGGAACAAUGUUUAGAAUAGCAUUGUUGUAAGGUUCUGAAACCAUGGAAAAAUAAGCCAUUUUAUGUAACAGGUAAACGUGCUUCCCAUGUGCAUCAUACAGCUUGUGCUGUUCUCAACAGAAUGGCCAAUGGAUACAAUCAGAACACAGUGUUCUCCUGUUAAUCUGACUUUGACGUAUGAAAUGUAAAUUUACAAUGAAUCCUUACUGUGUCAUGAUUUUGUGUAACAGUCCAAAAGUUAAGAAUAACACUUAACUGUACAACAAAAAUAAAUGCAAACUGCUUAACUCACUUGUAGCAGAAUUACUGUUGUUUUGGAGGUCCUAAUGACUACAAUUUUGGAUCUCUCAUGUUAAACUAUCUAGAAUAUAAUUGAGUCAGUGAAACAAAGCAACUGGCCUGUUUAUUUUGAAUGUCAUUCUCCUGGCUAUUCUUACACAAUUUUUUUUCUCGCAAUUAGUUUAUACAUUUUUGAAAAUUGUUAUGUAUUUGCUCAUGUAUUGGGUGUUCAGAGCAUUGUAUGCUAUUUCUUAAUAUGCACUGAUGUCAACUUGAAAUAUUUCUUUAUUAAAAAGAAAAGAGCCAGAUGCUCAUUCAACUUU